AUCUCACACCGCUCAGCUGACGACAUAGUCUUCAAAACAUCGUCAAAGCCGGAAAGACACGUCGCCCGCCUGCUCAGGUAAGCUUCAAAGAAGUAAUCCCGAAUGCCAACCUCCAAAAGAGGCAAGGACAUGGAAUCCUUGACUCAGCCCCCUCUUCGCCAAACAUUGAUUCCUCGCAGCUUUCGCGAUCUCAGAGGCUCAUCUUCCAGCUUCCAGGCCUGGAAGGAUUGCAGCACCGCUACGCCGGCUGCAUGUGGGACCUGACAUGGUUACAUCGCCAUAAGCACUUGGAGGUCGGCGCGUCGGCGGCCUACCCAAUCGUGACACGCCUUUGAACUCGGGACAGCGACAUGCUGAUUGAGUCCGAGGAUAUGACGAGCACGGGGAGUUGAUUGUGAUAUUCGUCCUGUCAAUUGGUUUGGCCCCUAGACGCCUGCUUCCUCAAGGAUCGUUCAGCUGUGGUUUGAUGUGCGAGGGACACUGGGUGUAAUGUGCCUGAGCUGACUGCAUGAUCUCGCGUGGGAAGAUGGCGGCUUUGUGUGACAGCCUUCCGGUGAACUCUCGGACGACAUGAGGGAAAUUGUUCUGACAUCCCAGACUUCUGUCGACUAAUCCCGCUGGUAUGUAAAGUAGAGUGUUCCCAAGUGCGUGGAUCGCGCGCACAUAACGAUAGAUGCCCUGACCGUGCAUUCUUUUACAGCUUUAGGGGCUUUCAAAUCAUAGACGUUAAUGCCGACGACACUUGUCUGCAAACGGCGGGACCGGACUGAAAUAUCAUGCCUGACAAUGAGCAUAACCCUGUGCUCUGGGGAUCCCCUCAAGGGACUGGUUCGGCGUUUGACUUCAGGAGUAAGUUUGGUUGUGUGUUCCGCACCCCCGCGGUUCUCUCGAUUUCGUCCUCGGCAAUCCUUAGGGCUAGCGUUCUGACUUUGACGGCAGGUGAUGUGAUAACAACUCCCUCACAAGGCAUGUUGCUUGCGAUCGCUCGAACCACGCUUCACGAUGACGUGUACGGCGAGGAUUUGACGACGCGAACCUUUGAAGAGGAGAUGGCAAAGAUAUGCGGGCACGAGAGCGCAGCGUUCGUUCUCUCGGGGACGAUGGCCAACCAGCUUGCACUUCGCUCCCUCCUCCACCAACCUCCCCACGCCAUUCUCGCCGAUGCCAGUGCCCACAUCAUCCACUGGGAAGCGGGAGGGAUCGCACACCUGUCCGGGGCCGUGACCCAGGGGAUCCGUCCACAGAACAGGCUCUACAUUACCCUCGACGAUGUUAAAAAACACGCUGUUAUCACAGAUGACGUACACAAGUGUCCGACACGGGUGAUCAGCAUAGAGAACACUUGCUCAGGGGUGGUAGUGCCUCUGGAGGAGCUGCAAAGAACCAAGGAGUGGGCGUCAGCGCACGGCAUCGCCGUUCAUAUGGACGGGGCACGAUUAUGGGAGGCCGUCUCGGUGGGAGCAGGCGGCCUGGAUGACUUUGGCAGGUGCUGUGAUGUGUUAACACUGGACUUCAGCAAAAAUCUAGGCGCGCCUAUGGGUGCUAUGGUUCUCGGUCCGUCUGAGCUGGUCGGGCGAUUGCGACGGCUGCGCAAGAGCAUCGGCGGCGGUAUGAGACAGGCCGGCGUCCUCGUUGCCGCAGCACGGCAGGCCGUUGUCGAGAACUUUGGACUUGGGCCUCGAGAUUGUCGAGGGGUGCUCGAGACCAGUCGGACCAUGGCAGAAGAGGUUGGACGGAUGUGGGUGAUGAGAGGAGGAACAGUGCUAAAGCCUAUCGAGACCAACAUGGUUUGGCUGGACCUCGGAAGGUGCGGUAUUCAAACAAGCCAGUGGAAUGAGAUCGGGAGACGGCAUGGUAUCAAGCUUGAUGGGAAGAGAGUCGUGCUGCAUCAUCAGAUCAGCGAAUUGGCAAUGAAGCGACUGGGCGCAGUGAUGGACGAGGUGCUAGGUCGCAUUGGACACCCAUUAGUGUCGGGUGCCGUGCCGAAAGCUCGACUGUGAACGCACAUUUUAGAAGGAACUAAGUUGAUGAUGU